UUUUUUUUUUGUCAGGUCUUCCAUUGUUUUGGUCAGUACUUCUGCCUUCACUUUGAAGCUUUCCAGCUUGGCAUGGCCCCUGUUUAUAUGGCAUUCCUCCGUUUCAUGGGUGAUGAGACUGAGGCUCGGAAUUAUAGCUACAGCCUUGAGGUCGGGGGACAUGGCAGGAAACUGACAUGGGAGGGCACCCCACAAAGUGUUCGAGAUAGCCACAGGAAAGUCAGGGAUAGUCAUGACGGUCUCAUUAUUCAACGAAACAUGGCACUUUUCUUCUCUGGUGGGGAUAGGAAGGAGCUGAAGCUAAGAGUUACCGGGAGGAUAUGGAAGGAACAACAAAAUCCAGAAACUGGAGUGUGUAUACCCAACCUUUGUAGCUAAGGCAAAGUGAUUUUGAAGACAUUUACACUAUCUGUGUGUUUGGGACUGUUGCGUGUUGUCCCAUCCUCUUCCACCUUUCUCUCACAUGCUGUAAUGGAUUGAAUUAAUGAAACCCCCCAUUGUUUUUUUUUUUUAAAUAAAAUUGUAUAAUAAACAGCCGUUCUUCCAUGAACUUUUGAUAGUACAAAAAAUAGGCUUUCAAGUUA